AUGGCCAAGCUGGCCAUUAAUCCAGGCAGCAGGCGAUUGGCUAGUUGGGGUGGGGUGCAUCUGGCCUGUCUGACUACCGCUCUUCUGCCAUAUAUUCAUGGCCAGGUGUCCCUGGAGAGGGAGCACGUAGUGUCCACUGGUGCUCUUGAGGCCUUCGGCGACCCAUGGGCACCGCAGGGGGCUGGCGUCCAUCAUCAGCCCCAAAAACCACAUUUUGAUUUAAUUUGCGAGAGGGCGGAGGGACGCUUCAUCUUUCUUUCGGUCAGACGCUUGUGUUCCAAGCACACCGGAGACCCCGUGAUUCCUGGAAGCCUCCAACAUUUAACGGAAAAGACGACCGUGGAGAUUCGAGACUUCGGGACGGUGGAGGCAGAAGGUUGUGCAGGAUUCAGUCGCCUGCAGUUUGCAGAAAUGGUUAUUAACUUCUUAGCACAACAGCGCUCCCGGGUGCAACAUGUUCUGAGUCUGGUUGUGUUCCUGGGUUCCAAGGGUUUCCGAACUCCUCAAGAUUAUCUCAAAGCUUCCCUGGCCCUGGCGGAUCUCAGCGUGGGGGUCCUGGUGGUCCCUUACUCUAUUUACAAUCAGGUCACCUUGGCUGUUAGAGGGGUCCCCGACGGGACGUCCCAGCCUGGCGGCCCCAUGCCCAUCUUCCAGCCUUGUCUGCUGACCGGACCCCUGUUUGCCAGCUGCACUUUCGUCUCCAUCACCACUAUCUUCCUGCUGUCCAUCGAGAGGAGCAUUGCAGUGCUGAAAGCUUUGCACAAGAAGCUUUUCAUCACCAACAGGAGGACUUGCUCUCUGAUCGCCCUCUCUUGGGCUCUCAGUUUCUUCCUGGCCGUGGUGCCCAUGGUUUCCAGGGAUGGCCUCGCCCUGGAGUACAGCUCUUGCAGUAAGAUGUGCACCUACACAUUCAGCCAGCCCCAGACCUCGGGUUGGAAGAUCAUGCUCCUCUUCCCCGCCUUCGACUUCUUCCUCCUGGGAGGCACAGUGGUCAUCAACGUCGUGACCUUCUCGGCCAUCCGCCGGGACUGCAAAGCGAGGAGAAGGUUAGCUGAAUCUGAACCCAGGUCUCAGCCCACCGCCGCCGCCCAGCCGCACGUCCGCGCAGCCAUGACCAUCGGCAUCGUGACUGUCGCCUUCUUCGCCUCGUUCAGCCCUAUCGCCGUGUUAGUGCUGGGACAUGUGCUGGGCUACCAGUGGUGCAGAUUCUCCUACUACGCCUUUUGGAUCCUAACCUCCAACAGUUGCUGGAAUGUCAUCAUCUACAGCGUCCGCGAUCAAAAGUUCCGCCUCAGGGCCCAGGAGCUGUUCACUGGCUUGGUGCUGAAACCCGCUAAUCGCAGAGAGAGCUGA